CUCCAGAGGAGAUGGAGGAGGAGGCGAUCGCCAGCGUCCCCGGGGAGGAGACGGAGGACAUGGACUUUCUGUCCGGGCUGGAACUGGCGGAUCUGCUGGACCCCCGGCAACCGGACUGGCACCUGGAACCGGGCCUCAGCUCGCCCGGGCCUCUCUCCUCGUCCGGCGGAGGCUCGGAUAGCGGCGGCCUGUGGAGAGGGGACGACGACGACGAGUCGGCAGCUGCGGAGAUGCAGCGCUUUUCUGACCUGCUGCAGAGGCUGUUAAACGGUAUCGGAGGCUGCAGCAGCAGCGGCAGUGACAGUGGCAGCGGCGAAAAGAGGCGGAGAAAGUCCCCCGGAGGAGGCGGCAGCAGCAGCGGCACUGACAGCAACCAGGCGGCGACAAAGAGUCCCCGGAAGGCGGCGGCGGCCGCGGCCCGUCUUAAUCGGCUGAAGAAGAAGGAGUACGUGAUGGGGCUGGAGAGUCGAGUCCGGGGCUUGGCCGCCGAGAACCAGGAGCUGCGGGCCGAGAAUCGGGAGCUGGGCAAGCGCGUACAGGCACUGCAGGAGGAGAGUCGCUACCUACGGGCCGUCCUGGCCAACGAGACCGGACUGGCUCGCUUGCUGAGCCGGCUGAGCGGCGUGGGACUGCGGCUGACCACCUCACUCUUCAGAGACUCGCCCGCCGGUGACCAUGACUACGCUUUGCCGGUGGGAAAGCAGCAGCAGCAGGACCUGCUGGAAGAGGACGACUCGGCCGGAGGAGUGUGUCUUCAUGUGGACAAGGAUAAGGUGUCGGUGGAGUUCUGCUCGGCGUGCGCCCGGAAGGCGUCGUCUUCUCUGAAAAUUUUCUUUUUUAGGUGAUUUCCUUCCUGCCAGGCUCCGUUGUAGGGGUUACAGAACAGUCGUUCCCGCCUCACAACCUGGUAAGGUUCCAUCUCUUCACGUAACGCUCAUGCUCUGCUGCUUAGUCUACUUUAAUGGGCAACAUCUCAAUUUUGUGUGUGUGUGAUUUUUUUUUUUUUUCUUUUUUGGAAGGCGGGAGGGGAAUCUAAUUUGGGCCCUGUCCACCCUGGAAACAGACUUGUGCUGGUCAAUAAUGUAUUUAAGAUGUUUCUUAUGGUUGAAAUAGCUGUUAAUGUAUCCCCUUGUUCAGACUUGCGCGUACCUAGCUCUUCUGUCCCCAGUGUGGACAUGGCCUUGGAUGACAUCGAUUCCAACUGUACACUGAAAGCUGCUAAUAGAGAUACAGUUUGGAGACAGUGAAACAGGUGAAGUUAAAUGGAAGUUCCGAGUUGUACAAGAUGCAAAUUGGAAUUCCAGUAUUAGAGCAACUUUUCAGAGGUUGACAAGUGUUUGGGGCAUGCACAAAUGAGAUAGUUAUUUUGCUGGAAGUGACGACAAAAUAACUUAAAUAUUCAAGAAUGCCUUUUAGUUUUAAGUAGAAGAUCUAGAAUUACAAUAUUCAGAUUAACAGAUUUUAAUAUCUCACCAUUAGAGAAAUGGAAAUUAACAGGCAUAUCAGACCCGUGUUAGUUAAUUGAAGGAAGAAUAAGAAUGGUUAAUGAAAUGUUUCUUUGAGAACCAGCACAGUGAUUACCCUAUCACUGAGUAUGAAUAAAUUGUUGAACACCUUUAUUUUUGUUGUAUUAAAAUUUUAGGUUAAAUUUAUGUAUGAUUCGAUUUUGAAGGUUGUGAAAUGUGAAUGAAAACAUGUAAAGUGAGGCUUCACAAAGAAUCUUAUUUUCCAUAUUUCAAAGGCAUUUUAAAAAUUGAGUGGUUCUGGCUACUUAAUGACAAGAUUGACACUUUUUCAAAAGAUGGGAUGUAUUCUUCCCUUGAAGUUCUCUGUUAUCUAUCGUCCAGUUUUAUAAAUUGAGUUACGGUGGCCUUCGGUGUAAGAGGCAUUAAGAAAUUCUUUGUGAAACAUCACUGUUUGAUAAAGUAUAUACCUAUUUAGCAUCCUUGUUUUUCUUUGUGCUAAAGUGGAUACAGCUGUUGGGGCAGAAGAGACGGGACCAGCUGCUGGCCACAUUUCCUGCUUUAUUUUAAAAGGUAGUAUAAGAAAUGAGGAAAAAGAGGUAAUAUCAGGGCUUCUGCUGUCUUUUCUUUUAAAAUGUUCAUAAUUAAAAAGUUUUUCCAGCAGUCCAAAGAUGUAAGUUAUCUUACUCACGAAAUGUUUUAUUUUGUUGUUGUUUGGUUAUGAAAAUGGAAUCCUUGUUCUUGCACAACUGUAAAUGUUUUGUUGCUAGAUAAUACUAUUUGAGACCUAACUUGGUCUCUGGUUUCCAGUGCAUCACAACAAUUUUGUAAAAUCAUCUACUGCACUUGAGCAUGAAUGGGUAGUAGCCAAACUCACAACCUGGAGUGAUGAACCUGCUUUUACCUAAGUGCAGAAGCAAGCCCCUCACGAUGCAGCUGCAUGGAUUUUUAGUGCCUACUGAAUUAUUCAUAUAUAUAUAUAUAUAUAUAUAUAAACCAAAAGUAGUUGGAAAAAUUAUUUGAAAUGACUAAUUUGUGCUAUCUUUAUGGAAUAUGUUAAAUGUAGAUUUUUGAAACAGAAGCCUUGAAUUGAAAUUUAAUUAAUACUUGAACAUUUUGUAUAUAUUUCUUUGUAUAUAAUUUUGUGCAGUACCAAUGACAAAAAUAUGGUGUCAUUAAUAAAACCAGGUUUGUUGAUCUUUCAGUUAUGGGCUCAAAGAAUUUUUUCAUCUCUAAUAUGACAUUGAAAAAUAAUGGAUGAGAAUAGGAAAAAUGAUUGUUGUUAAUGCUGACUGUGGGUCGUAAAGGUUCUGGAAGCAGUAAAUGCGUUUUUCUAAAAAUUAUACCAAUUCCUUGGAAUAUUUUCUUCCUAAUGUCAAUGCUUUCCCUGCAUUAUUUGAAGUUGGGGCUGGGGGAAAACAGUAGUCAAAAGCUUUCUGAAUUGGGAUGCUUUGAAAUUCCAAGUGUAGAUUUUUAGAAUGUCAUUUUAUAAAUGGCAGUUUUCGAAAAUACUUGAUUAAGAACUUUUGAAAGAGGAGAUUAGUAUCGCCUAUUUUUAAAGCUGCUUUGUUAGGUUACUUAUGUUUGCAACUGUCUUUUCUUAGUUUCCAUUUCAUUUUCUUUUUUUUCCUAAUUUUGGUGACUCAGUGAUUUUUGUCAUUUUUACAUCAACUUCAUAGUCUUGUUUUUACAUGGUAUUGCAUGUAUUUAGGACCUAUCUAACAGGGGCGUUAAAUAAAUUUGGUCAUAUUUAUGUGUAAGCACAUUUUACUGUAAAUGUUUGAGUUUCUGAAUUUACAACAGAUGUGUUUUAGUAUGUAGUAAGCAAUAUCUUAAAGUGUCCUAUUCACUACUUGUUAAUUAAAAAAGUUAUUAAUAUGAAACUGUUGUCUUACUAUUUUUAGAAAAUUGUGUUUUGGUGAAUAAUAGUUGUGUAAAGGAGAUUUCUGGGAUAUAUGGAUUGUUUUGAAAUUUUCCGGUUUGGCUCUAUUUACUGUAAUGAAUGAAAACAAUUUAGUAUUGGACAACCUUUUUUUUCCCCCCUCCUAAUUUUGCCUCUAUGGCAAAAUGAUAUAGAACUAGAUUAAAGAUGUAGCUUUUUAAUAUUUGUCUUCUGAUGGUGACAGGAAUUCAUACAUUAAUUGAACUAACACAUCAUAUUGACCUACUGCUUCUAUCAUAUUGACGUACUGUUUCUGCACUUCCUUGACCUGACUUAACAAAAAUGUCCAUGUUUGUUAAAAUGUAGUCACACCUCUGAUAUAAGCCAACAAAAAGUGUUCAAAAUAUUUUAAAUACUUGUACAUUUUAUAAUCACUAAAUUAAUCUCUCUCUCUUCUCUUUAAACAGCUUAGCAGUGUCUGCAAAAGUGAAUCUUUUCCUACAACCUGUUAACUGACUGGACUGAUGGUAACAAAGUAAUUGUGGGAGCCAUGUCGGUCAAAAAUUUGGCAUCUGCUGAAAAAAAUGAAUGCCAUUUUCAAGUUCCCAAAUUACUUCUAUACUGGUUUCACUUUCCAGAAAUGGAGAUAUGAAAAGAUUCUCUGGAAUCCUUGAAAGACUUAAUAGAAAUACUUGAGACUAAGUUAAUUUUGGAACAAAAUUAUACCUUUUUUUUUGUCUUUCAUAGGAGUGAUACUCAGUUCUUCGCAUACCUUUUUAAAAAUUGUAACCAUUGGAGAAGAGAAUUAUAGUAUUUCAUCAAGGAGAAUUAGAUUCUUUACAUAAUCAAGAGCACAUUCUAUGGAAUUAUAUUUAGUGGAGUAGAAUUGCAUAAACAAGCCAUCACUGAUCACAGGCAUAUCAUGAGUUUGUAUUUAUGUCCUGGAACAUGGGAGAUAAUCUGAAGUACAGACAGAUCUUGCCAAGUAGAAUGUGAAAGUUAAUGUAAAGUCCUUAACUAUGAAGAGGAAUCUUUUUAAGUAGAAGCAUUGUCUGUAUAUCUUUGAAAAAGUUGAUUUAUGAUUAAAUGUGUGGGUAGUUAAUUGCAAUUCAGGGUAAUACCAGGAUGUGUGCAGAUUCUGAGGUUUUGGCUUCUUGAGCUUUCUCUGAGUACUUGACACAAAAUUUUUUGAAUAUUUUGAGGUUCCUAAUGAAUGGUAUACUAGUUUCUACUGUUUUAUAUAAAUUAAAGUUUCUCUAGUGUUAUGUAAGGGCUUUAGUAUUUUGGAUGAUGGGAGUGGCUUUUUCAUGGAAUACGGUUGUUUUACUUAAUGGAAACAUUUUUCCAGUUUAUUACAGUGUGGAAAAACACUCAAAACUCUGGAUUGUUUUAUUUCAUUUUUGUUGGAUUAUGUUAAUACAUUCUUUUACCUGGUCUAGACCGAGCUGUGCUAUCUUACAUUUGGGAAGUACGCAGGGAGAAGUGGGAAAUGGUAGGACAUAGCCUCUUUUUUCUUUUCUUCCCAGAAUAAUUUAUGAUAACUAUACAUUUUGGUUAUUGUAUGGUAUUAUACAAAACCUAUUAAAUCCACUCAGUUUCUUGUAUUCUAAGUGUAUUCAAUGUUUGUGAUGCCUGGUAGCAAAGAGUAUUCCCAGUGGCUUAUAACUGUAUGGAUGCUUUUACAGCACAAACAGUACAGCUGGUUAUAAUUCCACAACCAAUGAUUAGGCAUCAGCUAUCCCCCUUUGAUGGAACAUGGAGUGGAUAAUUCAGUCAGUGAUAAUGAGUAAUUAUCUUUUAAAAUAUGUGAUUACCAAGUUUAGCAUUUUAAAGGUUUAGUUUAAUAUCUUACUAACUUGGUCAAGUUUUUAAGUUAAACAAUCUGAUAACUAGGUAGUAAAAUAUUUUCAAGUUUUUAGUUUUUCUCCCAGACUCCUUAUCAAUGCAAAGUUUUGAGACCGUCCCAAAUGUUUAUAUUUUUAUGUUUUACUGUGCUGUUUUUCCUUCAGAAGCCAGGUAGUUACCACUUAAGCCAGGAAUAAAAGAUGGGGAGGUCUUUCAUUAGAAGCUUGUAGAGUGUUUUGUUUGGCCAGCACAGUAUAUUUCACAUAUUUGAACUUGAAUACUUACAUACUCUGUUCACCAGUUACUCCCUAUUGUCUUAUAAUUUCAGAUUGAACUCUGACCGACCUAGACUGCAGAUGGUCAUUUACUUUCAGUUUUGAAGUAAAGAAAAAUUAAACGAGGUAUUUUAAAUUUUAUUUCAGAAAGUAAAUUAUCAUUAGGAACAUAAAUCACGUAAAAUUAGAGAAAAUUUGAUUUUUUUUUCUUUUUUUUUAGAUAUAGGUUGAUAGUUGUUCUCUAACUCGACUUUUUCAUUGCUUUAGUUACUGAUAAUGGUGUUUUCAUUUCUGGUUUUUUAACUUUUUCCCAAUCUGUACAUUCAAGAUUUCUUACUCAGGUAUUUCCCCAUUUUUAAAAAGAAGUCAGUUCACAACAGACUUUAAUAAUUUUUAAAAUUUUGUUCACCUGAAAUUACCUGUUUGAAUGAGAAUGUUUUUCUCAAUUUUGUUAACCUAAUUUUAAAAUCUAGCCACUAAUGGCAUUUUGAACAUGUGUGUAGUUCUGCUAAUAUGCAAAGAUUUGAAUUUUAUUGGUGGGCCAACUUCCUUUAGAAUGUGCCUUCAAAUUUUGUAUCUUUCCUAUUCUAUAACCAUUGAGGUCAUUUUCCUAGACCCCCUCUGGAUUUUAAUGUACUUAUAGUUUGGGGUUUACAAAUUUAUAUUAAUUUAAGUAGAAUAUAUGAACCCUUUUUAAAGCCAAAUAACUAUAAAUUGUAAAUGACAGAUUUAAAUUGUUUGCUGUCACUGAACUGAAAUAUUAAAAACCGUUUUCCUGAC